ACACACACUGACACACACACAUAAAAAGAUGUAUGUAACUAGGCCUUUGUCUAUGUACAGAAGAUCACCAAGUACUCUUGAAAUACCAACACCAGAUGCUCCAUAUUCAGGUUAUUUAGUCAUCACAGAUGAAGAAGCAGAAGCAGAAGACACGUGUUGUUGGCGUUUAUGUAGGCGUAAGAAAGUUAAGAAACUACCUUUCCCUCAAGACAAAUUCUUCUCAAUAACUCAUGCAUCAGAGUAUCAACAAACUUCAGACACCAAGGUUUGGUUUCUCCCUGUGCCUGAUCAGCCUCUCUCUUCCAAUCGCUACUAUGUCAUCAGAGCAAAAGGCAGAAACAAAGGGAAAGCAUGCAAAUGCUCAAGAGAAGGGGAUAUUAUCAAUUGCUGCUUCAGUGACAUCUUGAAUGACAAAAAGCCAAAGCCUUUCAGUCUAAAAGACUUGUACCAAAUUUUCAAGAUUCAUAGCCACCAGAGUGGUGGAUUUUUUGCUAAGUCAAUUGCUCCUGAUGGCAUUCCUCCAACAUUCCUAAGAAAAAAAGGAUGGAGAGUUAGAAUAUCAGGCUCAUAUAGAUCUUGCAGACUAAGUGAAGCUCUUGGUGUUGAUGCUCCUCUUAGAGAACAGUUACCAGAUUUUAAUUUCCCUAUCUCUAGAAAACGUUCACCUCCUGUGAUUGUAGGAAAAUGGUAUUGUCCAUUUAUAUUUGUAAGGGAAGGAACUAGACUUAAACACCAAAUGAAGAAGUCCAUGUUUUAUAGCAUGACACUUGAGCAAAAGUGGGAAGAGAUUUACUCUUGUGGCAGUGAUGAAAGUGAAGGGGAUGUAGUGGUUGUGAAUGUAAAUGUGGAAAGAGAGGUGGUUUUGGUCUCAGGCAUGGAAGCCACAAAGAAUGGAAGAGUUGAUUCUAAUGGUUUCUUUUGGUUCAGAGCAUAUAAUCCAUAUAAUAAGAGAAGGGUUAAUGUGGGCUUAAGUUCAGCAAUUAUUGAGCAUAUGAAAUGGGUGCAAGAGGAAGGAGGAAGGACUCAUGGUCAUGGAAGAGAAAGGGUUGUAAGAGUAAGAGAAGAGGUAAGAAGCCAGGGUGAAUGGCAGAGGUUUGGUUUUUAUGUGUUAGUGGAGAGUUUCUGUUUGAGGACACUUGAAGGGAAAUUAUUGCUCAGAUAUGACUUUAGGCACACUCACAAGGUUAAAUGCAAAUGGGAGUAAGGACUAUGCAUUAAUUACAGAAAAGUUUUUGGUGCUAUUGUGUUCCUGCUCUACUCAAAGUGAAUUAGUUGAUUAAUUGAUAAAUCUUUGAAGAAACCCAAAACUUCCCCAUGCUUAAAUUGUUUUUGUUUGUAGAGGAAUUUAUAUGCUCACUUAAGAUUUAGGACUAUGCAUGCAUGUCUUGUGACCAUUUAUAAAUUAGUGAUAGUUGAGCACACUAGAAAUUAUC